GUAUGCGGUGGCAGCAAGUGGGCGACUGGUGCGGUUCGGUGCUCGAAAGUCGAGUGCUCGCGACAUCCCGGCAGAGCUGCCUCCGGUGGUGGCCGUGUCGACCGGAAGUCGCCACAGCUGUGCCAUCCAGGAUGACGGACAACUCUGGUGCUUCGGCUGGAACAAGGAUGGGCAGUGCGAUGUCCCAGAAGAUUUAGGCCCUGUAACUGCAGUUGCGACUGGCGACUCGCACACGUGUCACACGUGUGCAGUCCGACAUGAUGGGAGUUUCUUCUGCUUUGGCGCACAUGGUGGGCAAGUUCCGAUACCGGCAGGUUUGGAGCUCAUCCUCGCCGUUUCAGCUGGGCAUGACUACACCUGUACUCUAGGCACCGAUGGUUCUCUGACGUGCUUUGGAAAAAAUCAGUACGGCCAGUGCAAUAUCCCCGACGAUCCCGGGCCAUUUGUGGAUGUCGCUGCCGGUACAAGCCACACGUGUGCAAUUCGUGCGGAUGGCCAGCUUAUCUGCUUUGGACGGAAUGACGCAGGACAGUGCGACGUACCCGACGACUUAGGCGCCGUCGUGGCCGUUGUGGUGGGUCUUGCGCAUACUUGUGCGGUGACUGUCGACGGCUGCAUCUCCUGCUUCGGGUCCAACAGGUGGACACAGUGUGACGUCCCUUUGAUGCUCAACCCCCGGAAAAAACCUCUUUCAGUCAUGAUCAUACAGUUGAUUAGGUUCAACAUAGCUUCAUCGUUAAGUCCAUCAGCCUGA